UAUGGACCUAUGCUUGUCAACCCGAUGGGCCUUAGCCCAAGCCCAGAUACUAUAUAUAGUACAUUGGUACUGUUCUUCGAGAAGCCAUUGUUCUGCUAUUGGCGAGUUUCGAUCUGCAAAAGAGGUAGAGAAAGAGAAAGCGAGGAGUGAUGGGGUUCGUAAUGGAGUUUGCUGAGAACUUGAUAUUGAGAUUGAUGGAGGAUCCGAAGGAGAGAGAUAGAAAGUUCAGAGAGCAUUUGUACACGAUGAAGGAUCGGUGCAACAAGACGAAGGAGAUGUGGAGUCUUCCUCUACGUCCAUAUGGUUUCUGGAAUUUCGAUCGACACAAUGCUCAGCUCUUCUGGGAUCCUCAGAUUAGCCAGGCCCCUGGUCGUCGUGAUCCCUAUGAUGACCUCCUUCAAGAUGCCUAUGGCGGCUCUACUUCCUCCUCGUCCUCCAAAAAAAAUUGAAGUUCGAGUCAUUCAUUGAGAGCUGUCUUCAAGUAUGGAGGAUUGCAAUGAUAAGUUUCAUCUUCAUUCUGUUAGUCAUGUGUCAACAGGAUUGUAAUGCAUGAAUACUUGCUUCUCUAUUUGGGUUUGAAUGAGGGCCCACAGAACAAAAUUUGCUUGCAGAUAUUCUUGGGAAUGCUCAUAAAUGUUGCUUUUAAGAUGCACUUUUUUACUUCUCAUCUAUAAUAAUAGAUUUAAUAUGUGAAUGUGGGUCAUUUGCGCGAGCUAA